UUACCUUGCCGAUCAGAAGCGUGGGCGCAUCGGCAUCAACGGCUGUUCGUGUUUCACUUCGCGUUUAAAGUCUCGGUUUCGCAAGUGUUUCCAAAUUUAGAAGAAUAUAAACAUGAAAGCUGACUCCAGCGAAUGCUGAGUGAAGAUGGAUUCCGACGACGACGGCGUCAUACUGCCGAAUUCGCCGUUGUACGUUCACCUCACCGAGGCCGGCUUCGAGCUUCCUGACACGGAUGUUGCAUUCGCGCAGUCUUCUGAUGAUCGACGUCCAACCUUGGAGAAAACAUGUCGUCUGCCUCGUUCCAAGAUACUCUCAUUUAUGCCAAAUGUGCUCACUCUUUUUUCAAGUGGGCUGUGCAAAGCCAAGUCUGCAGUGCUACACUCAUUUCACAACUUUGAUGGAGAACCUUUUUUAGAAAGUGUUCUGGGAAGUCCAUGUCUUGAUGAGGAAGACCAGCGGUUUCUGAGAAAUCUUCUUGAAGCCAGAGAUUUGAGUGUAAAAAAAGAAAAUUUCCAAGGCAGCUUCUACACCUACAGCAUUGUUGCUGCUGUCGUCGUGUGCCUUGUCGCGAGGUGCCUGUCUGCAGAACAGCAAAGCCAUACCGAGGGCCUGCUGGUGGGAAUCGUGGCCUGCGCGUUGCUGCUGGCUGCCGGAAUGAUCAUUGUGAAGUACUGUCUCCUGCGUCAGUACAGAGCAAACAUCCAUGACCUGCUGUCCACGAUGCAAGAAACGCAAGUAAUGAUCAGGAAGUGCCUGCAGAUUAUCCAGGAAGCAGAAGUGGUGGCUCGUGGAUUUACCUUGGCUUCUCACAAUGUCCCUGUUCACCGAAUCGAGAUGAACAUGCUCAUGCCGAACUUGGAUCCUCAAAGACAGUGCCCCGAGCUGCGGAGGUCUGUGUUCCUGUGGACCCGAGAGCUCUUCCUCAUCGGGAAAAGUGCAACCUUAGAAGCCAUUGAGUCUGUUCCACUUGAAGGUGAACUCGACGUGAGCACCAUUUACCUGGCAUGCACAGCCCCUCAAGAUGUCAGCAAAGAGCUCUUUGCCCCACUCGGCAAAGCCCUUGAAGAAGGAACCGAAAAUUUUUCUCUUUCGGCUCUCAAGGCAAUGCUGUAUUUGAUGCACAUCCAGCACUCAGAGUUUCUCCGGAGGUUGUCCCUCAGUUUGAUGCCUGGAAUAAAGAAAAGCUGUAUCUUUGAUGCACUCUCACUGAAGACAAUCGUCGUUGACCUCAGAGCCAGCAUCCAAGCCCAGCUGAGGAACCUCAGCAACGCCUACCAGUUCUAUAAGAGUAGCCAGAUGACGGAGGAGCUCGAGAGCAGGCCACUGAGGAUGCUGCAGACAGCACCUCAUGAGCUUCACGUGGCUGCUCACAGCUUGGGGCUACAUUUGCAGGCAGCCUUGAAACGCACCCAGGCAGUUGAAAGCAUCACUGAGUCGAUCGGAGAGGAUGCUGAAAUGGAGUCACUGGAAAUCAAUCUCGGGUGCCUGCUGGCUGAAGUCAAAGCAGAGCUUGCGUCAAGCUGCAGCUGCCUCGAAGAGGUGCUUAUGCUGCUGGACAAGAGAUCAGCACCCAAGCCCGAUGAGAGCCCGACCCUGGAGCUUCCACCGCCUGUCACAAGCACUGGGCCAGUUGUAGUCAUAAACGAAGAUGACGUUCCUGUCAUUGAGGAUGAGAAACGUGAAGAGAAACCCAACAACGUAUUUGAAGCGCAGCUGCCAGACAAAAUUGAACCUGGUGAUGUUGAAGAAGGAGAUGACUAUGAUUUUCCUUCACAGAAGAAGCACAAAGAGGCCUCUGCUGUUGUGUUUAAGGAGCUGAAGAGCGUGCUUGUCAUCAAGGCCAAGGAGCAUCGCGAGCGAGAAAAAAAUGCACUAGCGCGUUCUGGAGUCGAGGGAGGGCAAUUUGACAAGCUAGGGUUUGUAGUGCCCGAAGCCGAGGGCCCCACCGAGAAUGACGGUCACGUCGGCGAUUGCUCUCCCGCAUUCGAAGAAGGGGUGAUGGCGAGGAGCACGACGCCAAUGCACAAGACUGCCAUGGGUGACGAGUGCUCCGAAAGUCCAGAGUUUCAGCUUGGCAAAGCUGGAGAAUCGGCAAAGCAGGAAAUUGCAAAAGAUGCCGUGGACCCUGCCGCUGGGUUCACACUACCGUCCUUCGAGGGAAUGUGCAUGCCUAAUCCACGGAACAUAGCCCUCAUGGCUGCAGUAAGGUCUCGGCAGCUGACGCGGAUGCCAGUCAGCACGUUUGAAGAUGGCAUGAGUGACAGUUCUUUGGAUGAAGAUGAACAGGAAUGUGAUGCGUGAAUACAGACAGGGACGUUAAUUUAUUAAAUUACAUUUACCACUACAGAA